GGGUGGAGGGGGGACUCCACGGAUAUACGAGGGUUUGGUUUGAGCCCGCUGCCAACAAGGAAGCGACCAGCUGGGAAAACACGGAGCAGGGACUGCAGCGUUUAUUUUAUCGACCCUAAAGUAACGGGAUUUUAUUUUCAUUUUUCACAUUCCGCUGUCUUGACGUCAUCAUGUCUUCCAUGGACUUUGAGAAGCUGAAGAUGACUGGAGCAGGUCGGGCCAUAGCGGUGCUUACCAGCGGUGGAGAUGCACAAGGUAUGAACGCCGCUGUCCGAGCUGUGACCAGAAUGGGCAUUUAUGUCGGGGCCAAGGUCUAUCUCAUCCAUGAGGGAUACGAAGGCUUAGUGGAUGGAGGAGACAACAUAAAGCUUGCCCACUGGCACAGUGUGACCAACAUUAUCCAGCUGGGGGGCACGGUAAUUGGCAGCGCCCGCUGCAAGUCAUUCCAGACGCGUGAGGGCCGCAUCGCAGCCGCCUUCAACCUGGUGAAGAAGGGCAUCACCAACCUGUGUGUGUGCGGUGGAGACGGCAGCCUGACGGGAGCCAAUAUCUUCCGCUCCGAGUGGAGCGGCCUGCUGGAUGAGCUCGUGCAGAAAGGGAGGAUCACAGACACGCUGGCGAAGCAGCACAACAACCUGAACAUUGUGGGACUCGUGGGAUCAAUAGACAACGACUUCUGCGGCACUGACAUGACCAUCGGGGCUGAUUCUGCACUGCAUCGUAUCAUGGAGAUAGUCGACGCCAUCAUGACCACAGCGAACAGCCACCAGCGCACCUUUGUUCUGGAAGUCAUGGGUCGCCACUGUGGGUAUCUGGCCCUGGUGUCAGCUUUAGCAUCUGGAGCAGACUGGCUCUUCAUUCCAGAGGCUCCUCCGCUGGAGGGCUGGGAGGACCGCAUGUGUGCUCGUCUGGAAAGGAGCCGAAACAAGGGGUCAAGACUCAACAUCAUAAUUAUUGCAGAGGGAGCCAUUGACUCAAAUGGAAAACCGAUCUCUUCAGCUUAUCUUAAAGAUCUGGUGGUGAAGAGGUUGGGCUAUGACACCAGAGUGACGGUGCUGGGUCACGUUCAGCGAGGAGGAACUCCGUCUGCAUUUGACAGAAUCCUGAGCACCAAGCUGGGUGUGGAGGCAGUUAUUGCCCUGAUGGAGGCCACCUCAGACACCCCACCCUGUGUCAUCGGCCUCUCUGGCAACCAUGCCAUCCGUCUGCCUCUCAUGGAGUGUGUGGACAUGACCAAGUUGGUGCAGAAGGCCAUGAAUGAGAAGAGAUUUGAUGAAGCUGUUAAACUUCGCGGAGGGAGUUUUGAGAACAACUGGAACAUCUAUAAGCUGCUGGCCUUCCCAAAGCCUGUCACUGCUGAGAGUAACUACGCUGUGGCCAUCCUGAACGUCGGAGCUCCAGCUGGAGGCAUGAACGCAGCAGUCAGGUCAGCUGUGAGAGUUGCUCUUGCUCAUGGACACAAGGUCUAUGGUGUCCAUGAUGGCUUUGAAGGACUCGCCAAUGGAUCAAUAUUUGAAAUGAAAUGGCACAAUGUGGCUGGAUGGACGGGCCAAGGAGGUUCACUCCUGGGGACAAAGCGAACUCGUCCUGCUACAUGUAUGGAAAAAAUUAUAGAGAAUAUCAACAAGUACAGCAUCACAGCCCUGCUUGUAAUCGGAGGGUUUGAGGGAUAUGAAGGUGUGCUGCAGCUGUAUGAAGCCCGGAGCCACUACGAUGAGCUCUGCAUCCCCAUGUGUGUCGUACCGGCCACCAUCAGCAACAACGUCCCUGGAACGGACUUCAGUCUGGGAGCGGACACUGCUGUUAAUGCUGCCAUGGAGGGAUGUGACAAGAUCAAGCAGUCUGCCUCUGGGACCAAAAGGCGAGUGUUCGUGGUGGAGACGAUGGGCGGAUACUGUGGUUACCUGGCAACCUCAACUGCUAUCGCCGUGGGUGCGGAUGCUGCCUACAUAUUUGAAGAGCCGUUCAACAUCCAUGACCUCAAGACCAAUGUGGAGCAUUUGGCUGAAAAGAUGAAGAAGGACAUCCAGAGAGGUCUGGUACUACGGAACGAGUAUUGCCACAAGAACUACACUACGGAUUUUAUUUAUAGGCUGUAUUCAGAGGAAGGGAAGGGCGUCUUCGACUGCAGGGUUAAUGUCUUGGGACACCUCCAGCAGGGAGGAGCUCCUUCUCCCUUCGAUCGGAAUUUUGGCACCAAGUUGGGUGUGAGGGCAAUCCAGUGGAUAUCAGAGAGGUUGACUGAAAACUACAGACAAGGCCGCGUGUUCGCCAACUCCCCGGACACAGCGUGUGUGCUCGGCCUGAACAGGAAGAUCGUCUCAUUCAUUCCUGUGACUGACUUAAAGGCCAUCACCGAUUUUGAGCACCGGAUGCCCAAGAUUCAGUGGUGGUUCAAUCUGAGGCCGAUGCUGAAGAUGUUGGCGAGGUAUCAAACUAAUUUCGAGGAAUAUGUCCCUGGAGAGAUGGCCCAUGUGACUCGACGCUCCAUCAGCAUCGAUGCUGGAUACUAGGCUUUCUGACAAAUGCUUCUGUAUGCAGUUUUUAACCUUUACAUUUCCCUCCUUCGUCCCAUUUUCACUCAUAACUGUGGUGCCUAAAAGCGUGGUGUAUAAAAUUCCUCUGAACAAAAUGGCCUUUUCUGCACCAACAUGGGGUUUUUACCUUUUUUAUUCUGCUCCAUCCGAAUCCCAUCUGCCUUAACUUUACCCAAGAAACAAGGACUCCUUUCUCCUAUCAUACUGGUAGAUUUUUGUGCUAAGCUGCUGGCAUACUGUUUAUUAUCCUGCCAUACAUGUUAGCUUAUCUUAAAAUACUUAAUAUAAAUCCAAGAGUGAAAACAUUAAGCCAAUUCUGUGAAAUUCAAACAACACUGUGAUGUGAAUCAUGUCAAUGUGUCCCUGUACCAUAUUUUGAAAACUGGGAAUAAGGUUGUAAAAUCAACACUGUUCCUGUGUCAAACGGAACACAUUAAUAAUUUCUACCAUGUAAUGAUCAGCUCACCAUCUCAGGCCUAAAGUUUGAUUCCUGAGUAGAUCAGAUGUUUAAAUGAGUUCAAAUGAAUUGGGUGAUUAAAUCUGUAAAUAAGGCCAUGUGUUCUGCCUAACCCUCAGCAUGCCUGGGUGAGUUGGUCGCUACAGACAGUGCCUUUGUAAAGCAUAGCAUGAGAUCAGGUACCAUUAUCACAGUAUAGCUGCAGAAUUUACAUUAGUGCAGUUUUUAAAUAUUAAAUUGAUACAGCGUAUCUUGAUAAAACCACUCAAAUACAAGGCAGGUAAAAUGUGUGAUAGAAUCAGAUUAUCUAAGGCGUAGCACAGCGGCUCUGAGAAUCCAGUUCCUGUUUCUCUAAAGUCAACGCUUUACCCGCUGAAGCUCAGUCACCUUCCUCUUGAGUGAACAUGGGACUUUCUAACGUUUGAUACCACUAAUCAGUGUCAUGCUAACUGCUAAACAUCAAGUAACAAAACUGAUUACCAGUAUUCAUUUAUUGACUGACACGUUUAAUACAGAGAAAUUUUGUACUUCCUCCAAGGUGCUCGGAACAAUUUUUUUCCUACACAAAUUGCUGCUAUAAUCCAGACAACCAGAGGUGCCACAGACCAAAGUUUUACAGGAUAUUUAUCAAAAAUUGUGCAUGCAAAAAAAAAAAAUGAAUGUAGAUGCUGUUAGGUGGAUUUUUUUUUUAAUGUUUAAAACCACAGAAUGAAACUGCAUAAAUUCUGAGCCAUAAAGCAUGUAAGCAGGAGCGUUCAGUAAAGAAAUCAUCCUGGUAAUGUUUUAACAUGUCAUUCCUGG